AUUUUUCUCCAUAAUUAAUAAUUAAAAAUGGAAAGAGCUGCAAAUCUCAUAUUAACAGCAGGAUCCUUACUUGUAGGAGGUGGAUUGUUAUUCAAGUCCUUUUUCUAUACAGUAGAUGGUGGAUAAAGAGGAUUAAUUUUUGAUAGAUUUUAAGGAGUCAAAGAAUCUAUCUAUGGAGAAGGAAUGCAUUUUUUUAUUCCAGUCAUUUAAGUAUAAAAUAGCAUAAUCAUAUCUAGUCACCAAUAGUGGCUGAAGUACGACUUUAACCAAAAACUGUAGCAUCUCACACUGGUACAAAAGACUUGUAAACAGUUGAUAUUGCUAUCAGAAUGCUUCAUAAACCAAUUGAAUAAUAUUUACCUGAAAUUUAUAAGUAGAAUAACUGUUUAUAUUUUUCUUAGAACAAUUGGUUUAAAUUAUGAAGAAAAGAUUCUUCCAUCCAUUGCUAAUGAAGUUUUAAAAGCAGUUGUGGCAUAAUAUGAUGCAGAUUAAUUAAUCAAAAUGAGAGAAAAGAUAUCUUAAGAAAUUAAGGAAGGUUUGAUUGAGAGGGCAAAGGAAUUCAAAAUUGUAUUAGAAGAUGUAUCUAUCACUCAUUUGGGAUUCAUGAAAGAAUAUGCUUAAGCUAUUGAAGCCAAAUAAGUGGCAUAGUAAUUGGCUGAAAGAUAAAAGUUUAUAGUCUUGAGAGAUGAAGAAGAAAAGAAUGCUAAAGUUAUUUUAUCUGAAGGAGAAUCAGAAGCAGCAAGAUUAAUUAAUGAUGCUGUAAAGGCUUAUGGAACAGGUAUUCAUUCUGACAUAUUCAAUAGCUUAGAUUGAAAUCAAGAAAUUAGAGACUGCCAAACAUAUUGCUGAAACAUUAGCUAAAAGCCCAAAUAUCACAUGGAUUCCAACUGGAAAUGGAGUUUCAAAUCUAUUGAAUUUGAAAACAUUUUGAGAAUGUAAUUUAUAUUAUUUGAAUGCAUAUAUA